AUGGUAUCCAAAUGGGAUUGCUUCCAGCUGUGGGUGCCAGAGUGCCACACCUUCCAGAGCGUGCUAGAAGAAAAGAAGUCUGAAAUCAUGCGGAUUUACAAAGUCCUUCUCUGUGUGAUACUUGUCGCUCAUUUGGAGUGUAGAAAACAGACACUGCAGAGAUAUCAGAAGAGUGAGGACACCAAGCUUCUGUGCUCAGACUGUGGGCGUCCCCGUGUGAGAAACCUCUCUCUGGAAGAUUGUGCUUGGAAAUGCAGCAAGAGCAAGAAAUCCUGCAGGGCAUUUCACUUUGACUAUCCAAACAGGAAAUGCCACUUGCUCUCAUUUGACCGCUAUUCAGAGGGAGCACAGAAAGAGUACAAAGCCAACUAUGACCUUUAUGAGAAGAAAGAGUAUGUGAAAGAGUGUAUCAUUGGCUCUGGAGUGACCUACAGGGGAAGAAGAUCUGUCACAAAAACUGGAGUCCCAUGUCAAGCCUGGGAUUCGUCUAUUCCACAUGAACACAAUUUCAAGCCUGCUAGAUACAGGAAGAGUGACCUGCGUGGCAACUUCUGCCGUAACCCAGACAAUGAAGCCACUGGACCCUGGUGCUUCACCUCUGAUCCAGAUAUUCGGCAUCAGGAGUGUGGCCUACCACAGUGCUCAGAGGUUGAGUGUAUGCGGUGCAAUGGUGAAGGCUAUAGAGGGCCUAUGGAUCACACUGAGAGUGGGAAAGAAUGCCAGAGAUGGGACUCCCAAAGACCUCACAGACACACAUAUCAGCCACAUAGGCACUCUGGGAAAGGGCUGGAUGAUAAUUACUGCCGUAACCCAAAUAAUGAUGUGCGUCCGUGGUGUUACACCAUGGAUAAAAACACUCCCUGGGAAUACUGUGACAUCAGCAUUUGUGAUUCAGAUAAUAGCCCAGACAUGGAUGUGACGACGUCCUGCUUCCAGAAUCAGGGUGAGCAUUACCGUGGCACCAUAAGCGUGACUCCGAGUGGGGUGACCUGUCAGCGCUGGGAUUCUCAGUUUCCUCACAACCAUUCCUACAACCCCCAGAACUACAGAUGCAAAGAUUUGAGGGAGAAUUAUUGCAGGAACCCCGAUGGGGCAGAAAUACCAUGGUGUUUUACAACAGACCCUAAAGUUAGGAAAGCUUUCUGCACCAACAUCCCAAGAUGUGAGUCUGUGACCUCUGACAGUACAGACUGUUAUCAAGGCAAUGGAGAAAGUUACCGAGGAAAUCUGUCGAAGACUAGAUCUGGCAUUCCCUGUGGGCUCUGGUCAGAUCACACUUACAGCACUUACAGUGGAGACACACACUUGGGGGAGGCCAGCAUGGGGCUAGAGCUGAACUUAUGCAGGAAUCCAGACAGAGAUAAGCAUGGACCUUGGUGUUACACAUCAAACUCUUCCAUCCCCUGGGACUACUGUCAUCUUGAACGCUGUGAUGAGUCAAAGCCAUCCUGUUUUGUGCACAUAACGACACGGAUCGUGGGGGGCACACAGGUGCAGAGAGCAGAAGAUGGCAGUUGGGUGGUCAGCAUUCAGAAAGGAAACACACAUUGGUGUGGUGGGUCUCUGAUCAGAGAAGAGUGGGUUCUUACUGACCAGCAAUGUUUCUCAUCCUGUGUUCCUGACCUGUCAGAGUACAGUGUGCAGGUAGGCCUUCUCCAUCUCAACACCACCACCCAGAGACAGGGUCUCCGCAUUGCGCGUGUGGUCUGUGGACCUGAAGGCUCCAACCUAGCCCUGCUCAAGCUCACGCAGCCAGCCCCUCUCUCAGAGCAUGUGUGGACUAUCCAGCUGCCAGUGGCGGGCUGUCAAAUGAAAGAGGGGUCAAACUGUCUCAUGUAUGGCUGGGGGGAAACAAAAGGAUAUGAAGGAAGACUGAAAAUGGUGGAGCUGCCAAUGAUCAGCAAUGACAAGUGCUCAGUGAACCACAGUCUGCCAAUCACAGAGAAUAAAAUUUGUGCAGGAGGAAAGAAAGACCAAGGUGUUUGUGAGAAAGACUAUGGUGGUCCUUUGGUGUGCCAGGAGAGAGAGAGUAAGGUCAUCAUGGGUGUGAGCAUCCAUGGGCGAGGGUGUGCCCUUGUCGGGCGACCAGCCAUAUUCAUUAAUGUGCCCUUCUACUCAGAGUGGAUCCAUAAAGUCUUCAAACACUACUGA